AGUGGGAGGCAUCAGUGUUCAGACAGCUAUUUUUUCUUCUUUAUUUCUUCUUUACGACGACAUCUAUUGGGAGUGGAAAUGAACUUGCUCCAGUUGAUACUAUUCACGGUCCUGUGUAUUAGCGGCUACGUUACGGCUACAAAUUACUGCUCGAGUACCAUUUGUAGUGGUGGCAAAACCCACAUAGCCUGUGGUCAUAACGGCAGAUUUGAUGCCACAUGUCCGGCCAACGCAGCCAUGAUAAACUUUAACGCCACUUUUAGAGCCAACAUUGUAAAUAGGCAUAAUACGAAGAGAAACUUAAUUGCAGGUGGUACUGUGGCCAAUCACAAGGCAGCCUGCCGCAUGGCAAGCAUGCAAUGGACUGCAGAACUGGCCAAACUGGCAGCUUUGAAUGUGCGCCAGUGCAUAAUGAAUCAUGACGCCUGCCGAAAUACAGAUGAUUUCAAAUAUUCUGGCCAGAAUUUGGCCCGCAUUCCAUUCUGGGGAAAAGUGAACACAAGGAAAAUGUUAUUCACCGCUAUAGAUCUGUGGUACAGCGAGGUCAAAAAUAGUAAAAUGUCCAACAUCAAUAAAUUUCCGGCUACCUAUGAUCACACCAAGGAAAUUGGCCAUUUUACGGUUAUGGUGGCUGAACGCAAUAUUCGAGUGGGCUGUGCCGCAGCCACAUAUAAAAAACAAGGAGACACAUCGAAAACAUUUUUAAUGGCCUGUAACUAUGCCACCACAAACAUGAUAGAUAGGCCCAUUUAUGCCAGUUGUGCGAGACCCGCGGCUAAAUGUAAAAAGGGCAAGAAUGUGAAAUUCCCAAAUUUGUGCAAGGUCGCCGAAGUAUACGAUGUUAAUACAUGGUGA